AUGAGUCACACCGUUACACAGCAGGAAGUUACGAGGAAAGACAAGAGGAGACAUAAUAUCGAGGCAAAGGUUGCCAAAAUCACGCAUAACUUUGCAAUCGACAAAGAUGUGUACUACCGUAACCGCCUAACGUCAUUGCAAACCACACUUACGACACUUCAUCAGGGCAAUAGCGUAGAGUUUAUUCGCAGACUGCGUGAUCUAGAAGAAGAAAGGGAUCUGGAAUUGGUAAGGCUUCGUCUGUUUGAAGAAUAUCGGGUAAAUAGAUCCCGAAUCGAGUUCCAGGAGGACAUCGAGAAGACCCGAGAGGAGCAUGAGAAGAUAAUCAAACUUUGUAAAGAAAGGCUGUAUGAGUCUCUCGAGCGCAAGAUGAAGAAAUUACAGGAGGAGCGGCUCUUGAUGGACGUUGCAAAUGUGCAUUCCUACUCUAUGGACUACUCUCGGGCCAAGUUUCAGAAGAACACUCGAAGUGCAACUGCGACCGCGUGGGACUCCUCUCCAAACGAGUUUGCGAAGGACUUCUCGGCUACUGAGAGUGCAACUGAUACCGGAACUGAGAGGAGGUCGUUGCGCCGAAGACUAGCAACUACUGUUGCGUCGCGCGCCGUCAGUGACGAUCACGACGUUCAAUCCACCAAGGAAUCAUCCGUUGCUGCAGGUUACACUAGUGCUCAAUCGGAUUCGGAGUUUCUACAAGGUAUUAGCGACUCCACUGAUCUACAAGCGCUGCUUUUUGGUGAAAAAGAGCCCGAAAAGAAGAAAACCAGAUCAACGCAACGGUAUUCCACAAAGGCUGCGCCGCCGCUUCCCUCCCUCAAACCUGAAGAGGUAACAGAAGAUAUAGCACUGAUAAGAUCUAUAACCGGUCAACCGCCCGCUCCAUUCAAGGUUUAA